AUGGGUAGACGACCUGCGCGUUGUUAUCGUUACAUCAAAAAUAAACCUUACCCGAAGUCACGGUUCUGCCGUGGUGUUCCAGACCCUAAAAUUAGGAUCUAUGACUUAGGAAAGAAAAAAGCUGAUGUUGACGAAUUCCCUGUAUGUGUGCAUUUAAUGUCUAACGAACGUGAGCAUCUUUCUUCGGAAGCUCUUGAGGCAGCCCGUAUUUGCGCAAAUAAGUAUAUGGUCAAAACAUGCGGAAAAGAUGGAUUUCAUAUGCGUGUCAGAAAACAUCCUUAUCACGUAGUACGUAUUAACAAGAUGUUAUCAUGCGCAGGAGCUGAUAGGUUACAGACUGGAAUGCGUGGUGCGUUUGGAAAGCCACAGGGAUUGGUAGCCCGUGUGGAUAUUGGAGAUCUUCUUAUUUCAGUCCGAGUGCGAGAGCAGCACCAAGAAGCUGCUGUAGAAGCAUUCCGUCGUGCUAAGUUUAAGUUCCCCGGGAGACAACUGAUUGUCGUAUCACGCAAAUGGGGAUUCACAAAGUGGGAUAAAGAAGAUUAUGAAAGUAUGCGUAAAGAAGGACGUUUGGUGUCAGACGGUGCUAACUGUAAGUUGGUUCGGGAACAUGGGCCGUUGUCGAAAUGGAUAGCUAAUCCUAUUUAA